AUGGCGCACUACGUCUCCCCCCGCAAGGCGGGUGUACGGAACCAUCGACCUGUCACCAAGCACGAUACCCAGCAAGGCAGUCGCAAGAAUCAGCUUGCAUGGAAGAGCGAAAUCGCAGGCAAAAUCGUGCUCAUCACGAAUCCUGUAGCAGAGUUCCUCGAGCACUUUGUGCCCGGAGAAAAGCCUCUUAAGUCUGUGACCAAAGCGGCCUUCCAGAUGCCGAAGAAUGCCAGGUUAGAGAGCGAGAUGUACGGUCCCUUGUGUGAGGGCUUCACUUCGCUUGUGAGGCGCUUCGAUCGCACCAAGAAACCUGUAUUCGUCAACCACAACCACGACCGCAUCGGAUUCCCCUACAAGCUGUGCGCAUCGGAGCACCACGUCACCCGGCCGGAUGUGAUCGCCUCGUUUCCCGGCGAGGAGUCGAUUGGCCGACAUGCCGAUUACUGGAGGAACAUCUCGUUCGUUGUGGAGGUGAAGCUCGCCGUGAGCGAUGAUCCGAUGAAGUCGUACUCAGAUGCCCACGAAGCUACACUGGUCCAGCUGUCGAAGAGUGCGCGUAACCUGCUCGUGUCGCAGAGCCGACUGUUCGUCUUCGUUAUCGGUGUCUAUGGACCGCUCGCUCGGAUCUUUCGCUUCGACCACGCCGGCGCCGUCUGCUCGGACGCAUUCGACUACACGACCCUUGACGGCAGCCGACUCCUCCACGAAUUUCUGUGGCGAUUCACCCAUCCACCGCCACACUCUGGCUGUCGCGUCGUGGGCGAUGACCCUACUGUGCAGCUCGUCCGUGCGGGACAGUGUGCAGAGGUCGUCAAGAAGCUGCGUGACGCAGGGGUAACGGUGAGGAACACACCCGAGGCGUCGAAGAUAUAUCGCUACGUCACUGUCGGGAGCUCGGAGGGAAAGCGGAGAGGGACGAAGUAUCUUGUCUACGACCUGCUGUUCAUCAACCCGCAUCUGUUCUCGCGAGCGACGACGGUGUGGGAGGCUAUCGAAGUCGAUGGAGACAACAAGCCUGUGAAGACGCCCGUCGUCAUCAAGGACUCGUGGCGGCAGAUGGUGAGACAGCUUGAGACAGACAACUACAGGGAGAUCUUCCGCGGCCGCACCGACAUUCCUGGCGUCGCCGCAUUCGUGUCUGGCGAAGAUCUUGGUACAAAGGAGAUACUGUCACUGCAGCGCGGCGAGCCUGGCGGUCAGGACGUCGGUCACCUCACAGUCACUGCACGACACUCCGCCAAGAACACUACCCAGGGUACAGUGCAUGCUUACAACGAACGAAGCCAUGUGCGGUUAGUGCUAGGGACUGUGGGUAUACCUCUGUCUCGCUUCAACUCGACUCACGAGCUGGUGGAAGCUUUGCGCGAUGCAAUCCUUGGACACCGCGCAGCUUACGAGGCUGGCGUCAUGCAUCGUGACAUCAGCGAAGGCAACGUCAUGAUAUCGCGCAACCCCAAUGAUACGUUCAAGGGGUAUAUCCAGGAUUUUGACUAUGGGCUUAACUGGGCGAAGCUCCUUGAGUUUCUCAAGCAUGAUACGAAGCUCGAGGACUGGGACGCUUUCGUACAAUCAGAGAGUGCGAAGCUAAAGGAGGCACGAAGAGAGGCUCUUCUGGCCGCCUUGAGGACGCAGCCCGAGCCCGAUUGGUAUGCCGACGAAGAUGAGGACGAAUACGCCGAUAGCCACGCAAGCGCUGCGCCGGAUGAGGAGGUUGGCGACGAUCAUAGCGGCGACGAAUAUGAUGACACCGAUCAUGAUGGUGAUCAGGUAGAAAAGUGGACCUCGGACGACGAUGAACAGGAGGAAGUUGAGAUCGAGGAUGCUCCAGAAGGCGUGGAUCUGACCAGGCACGAUAGCGUGUAUCAAGAGGCUAGUGCCCCCCAAAACACGGAGGAGAUGAAACAACAAUGCAAACAACGAACCGGUACCCUAUUCUUCAUGGCCGUGAGGAUUAUCCGAGGCGGGAUCGUUCAUGAAGCUCGUCACGACUUGGAAUCGUUCUUUUGGCUCCUCCUCUGGAUUGUCCUGCGGCAUACCGUGCACAACCACCCAAAUGGUGUUCGGGCGUGCGAGGUGAUCUUCGAUGGCGAUAGCGACGCGGCCUGCGAAAGUCUGAAGACCGCAUGGCUCAACAGAGUCAACGAGGAUACGGGCGAGGAUACGGGUCCUGCGCUCAUCGUCUUCGGCAAUGAACCGCUGACUACCCUGCUCGAGGACUUCCGUAUGCUGUGCCUCCGCAGCAACAGUCCUAUGAUCAAGAUGGAACCUCUGACGUACGAGAGCGUCCUCGCGGUCUUCGAGAAGGCCCUUGCCAUGGAUUGGCCAUUGAACGAUAAAGCCAGGGCCUUUGUCUUACCGAGGGAUGACGACAAAACUCUGCGUCCCAAGGACAAAACACGGCCGACGAGUGAUGUCAACAGUAGCAAGAUCCAGUCGUCCGUGGUCGAUCCCGGCGGGCUAGCUCCCCACAGAUGCAACAAGAAGCGGUGGCGCAAGGGAGAGGAGAUGCUCCCGCAGCAAGUGGGAGUCGCGGUGGGAAGCGAUCGUUCGAACAUCGCGACACGUCGGAACUGGAGUCAAGGCCCGAGCGAUCCAAGCGGACGAGGACGAACAGUGACCGCGGCCAAGGUCGUUCUGCUCCAGCCGGAAGGAGACGUUCCGCACGGCGAUGAAGAAUUGUCGGCUGUGCCUGAGGCCCAGGGCAGAGUUGAGAUCCAGAGGACCUGGAAAGGCCGCCGCGAUACUGCUCGUAGUAUUGUCCCUAUCACAAACCCAGUCGAGGAGUUUCUUCAUCACUUCACGGCAGGAGAGCAACCUCCUAGAUCUGUUGCGAAGCGGCAUACUAUCCAUAUACCGACCAAUGUAAAGCAUGCAAAUAGCCUAUAUGGGACUCUGCACGAGGGGUUUACGUCGUUGGUCUCUGAAGCGAAGCGACUUGCUUUCGUCAAUCACAACUACCACCGUAUCAAAUCAGUUGGCGAUAGCCAUCUCUUCCAUGAGAUUCUCUGGCGUUUUACUCAUACAGUGCAGCUUGGUUGCGGCAUCAUCGGUGUGAACCCCAUCCUGCAGCUUCAAAUCCGUCCGGCGCAACGUGCGGAGGUCGUCACAAUAUUGCCGCGUGACGCAGGUCUGAACCACGCAGACACGCACGAGGCUACCAAGGCAUACCACUACACAACCAACGGAUCCGGGGGUCGGAAGAAAAAGUAUCUAGUGUACGAGCUGAUCUUCAUCAAGCCCCACUUGUUUUCGCGUGCGACGAUGGUACUAUGGGAAGCUAUCGAGGUGGACGCUGGCGAUCGGGCGGUGGGCGGUCCUGUCGUCGUCAAGGUAUCCUGGCGACAGCUGGCCCGACAGGAGAUCGACAACUAUGAAUUCAUUGCUUGGGCCAGUGUCAGGUUGCCUGGUGUCGCCGAGUUCUGUGGCGGAGAGGACCUCGGAGCGGCCGGAUUCCGGGCUUUAAAGCGUGGCAAGCCUGGUGGCCAGGGGGUUGGACACCUUACGGUGACCGCUCGACAUCGCGUGUACGGGAACCACGCGAAAAACGAGAGAAGCCAUUCUCGCAUGAUUCUUUGCACUGUGGGCGUCGGGCCUCUGUCAAGAUUUCAGUCGACAAAGGAGUUGGUGCAGGCGCUGCGUGAUGCUAUCGGUGGUGUAAUGCACCGCGAUAUUAGCGAGGGCAACGUCAUGUUCUCGAGAGUCAAGCACAAAUCUACUGGCUAUCUGCAGGAUCUUGACUGCGGACUCAACUGGAAGAUGCUUCUCAAGAAACUUGGAUUGGGCAUCGAAAUGGCCGAUUGGGAUGCAUUCGUGCGUGAUGAGUGCGCAAACUUCCGAGUGGCACUCAAAGAGAAGCACAAGGCCAAGGUCUGUGGAAGACAGGCGCGCCAGAAUGAUGGCGACUCCAACGGUUCUCUUCCUCUUCCUCCACCUCGGACGAUGAUUCGGAUGACUCCGAGGACGAUUCCUCAGGUCAUGUGGCUUCAGGAGGCAAUGAUUCGAGCUCGUAUUCGGAUGACGCCCCAGGAGGGAGACCCCGCAUGCGGUGAUGACGAGGAAGACGAGCUCGAGCCCGGUCCCAGUGGCGUUGCGCUUACAGAACAAGAUGGAGCAAGACAGAAUGUCAAGGUCCUAAGCGCGGAGGAGCUGAAGCUGCAGUGCAAACAACGGACGGGGACGCUAUACUUCAUGGCCGUGGAGAUCAUCAGCGGCGGCAUCAUCCACGAGAUUCGCCACGAUCUGGAGUCCUUUUAUUGGCUUCUUGUCUGGAUCGUUCUGCGGUACUGUGAUCAUGACCAUGACGCAGGUACUCAGGCAUAUGCGGUUCUGUUCGGCGCCAACACUGACAGCGCAUGCGAGAUGGUGAAGCGCGGAUGGGUGACGGGACAGUCUCCCGUUGUCGUCUACGGGAACAAGCCUCUCAACAGGUUGCUGGAGAGGUUUCGCAAGCUUUGCAAGUACAACGACUCAUCGAAUGGGCGCGUCAAGCCCUUGACAUAUAACAAGGUUCUGCGCAUUCUCGAUGACGCACUUAGCAGGAAAUGGCCCUCGAGGGCCAAAGCUGCUCCCUAUGUUUUCCCCAAGCAAGACGAGGGAGUUUCCCUCCCAGCGGGCUCAGCCCGCCACGCGAGCACUCUCGAUAGCAGCCGGCGAGUCCGGUCAGACGCUCUCGAACCUGUGACCGUCUAUCUGGCCGGACACAGCGGUCAAUCGCGACGGACAGGCUCAGCCCGACUGCCAAACCAAGGGAGUGGAGGUGACUUGCCAGCCAGCGGCGAGCGGUAG